AGUUUGGUGCAAAAGAAAAAAAAUUGGUUAAUUUUAGUGAGUGAAUAUUCGGAGUAAUCAAAAUGUGAACGGCGUUUAUUUUCAGUAUCAUUUAAUAAUGGUAUUUAUAUAGAGAUUUAUCGACGAAGUCAGAUUGAAACUAUUUUAUUUGUAAAUAACAACAUAGUGAAUAUUUGUAAAAAAAAAAAACUAGACACGAUGAAACAGCAAUCUGGAUUAUUACAUUUUGCUAUUUAAUGAAUAAACAAUGUGUGUUUCAGGUUUUAAAUUUAUUGUUGCAAGGUAAAGUGUGAUUGAUGAUGAACCAGAUCAAAACAGGUUAUCGUUAUAUACAGUUUGAGAAGGACGGGAACGGAAGAUCCGUGUGCCCGAAAUGCUGGAACUCGUACAAGCAAAGAUCUCAUUUAAUUAGACACCUUAGGUACGAGUGCGGCGUCGAUCCCAAAUUCAAAUGCACCCACUGUCCGAGGAGGUUCAAACAGAAAUCCAAACUCCUCACCCACGUGAAAUCUCACUAUCUGGACACGCAGAGUAGUUGAAGGAAGGAGAUUGGAUGAAGAAAAUAAUCCGAAUUUUGUUAUCAUCAUUAUUAUUUUAAACUUUUUUUCUACGA